CUCAACCUGUACAAAAAAAUAAUCUUUCACAAGCCGACUCUAUACGUGAUGGGGAAUGCAGGAAACUAACUGCAGGUCUGAACCGGAAGUCAAGCAAUCACAACAACCCCAUUUUUGUGCGGCGUCCUAAAAAUGAAUGCUUCAGCCAGCAUGGAUGGCAACAAAAAACUGGUUGUUGUGGAAGACUUUGUGGAGUAUAAGUUGUAUAUGGUGACCCAAAAACCAAGCGAUGCAGAGACAGAAAGAAAAAUUCUUCAGGAGUAUAUAGAGCGCAUACUGGCUAAAUUUGCACCAUUACUUGCUCCUUAUAUCUGGCAGAACCAACCGUUCAAUCUGAGAUAUAAAGCUAAAAAAGGUGAUACUCCUGCUAAUAUUGGAGGUAUGACAUAUUUUGGUGAUAAUAUCGAAGAUGAGUGGUUUAUUGUGUACCUUAUACAACAGAUUACCAAGGAGUAUCCAGAAUUGGCAGCCAGUGUUGAGGACAACGAUGGUGAGUUUUUGCUGAUAGAAGCUGCGGAUUUUCUCCCAAAAUGGCUGAAGCCUGAAAAUAGUUCAAAUCGAGUAUUUUUUUAUCAUGGAAAGCUACGUAUUCUGCCUGUUUGUCAGGAUGAAGGAGAUCUGCAUGACCCAGUAAAUAACAUAAACAUAACCCAAGCCUUGGCACUGCUAUCUGCACACCCAGAGGGAUUCUUGGCAUCAGGGUCAAUUGCUAAAGCUGUGCAGAGAAGAAUUGCUGGGUACCCAGAGAAAAUAAAGGACUCCCUCCACAGAGCCCACUGCUUUGUUCCAGCUAGAAUUGUAGCGAUUCUAAAGGAACGUCCUUCUCUGGUCUCUGCUGGAGUUCAGGCAUUUUAUCUGCGGGACCCCAUUGACCUCAAAUCGUGUCGGACUUUCUGCUACUUCCUUCCUGAGACUCAGGUCUUGACGUCGGUCACCUUUACAAAGUGUCUGUAUGCACAGCUAAGCCAACAGAAAUUCCAUCCUGACAAGAGGAGCGGCUAUGCACUUCCUGCACUCUCGGACCCAACAUACAAAGCCCAUGAGCUUGGGAUGAAGUUGGCUCAUGGUUUUGAGAUUCUUUGUUCCAAAUGCACCCAAACUUCAUCUGAUGCCACCAGAUCACCACUGCAGACCCCACUUUGGACUGGGUUUUUAAAUGCCCUGAAGAAAAAUGAUUAUUUUAAGGGGGAGAUGGAGGGAUCUGCACAGUAUUCUGAACUCCUAAAGCAUGCUGAGAUUUACUUCAUGCAAUCAGUAAUCCGACCUGAAAGUUCCAAAGCACUGUCUCCUGGAGAAGAGGUUAUCCAUUUGCUAAACACACUGCCUGUUGAUAUGGAGGCCUUGAAUAAUGAAGAGGCUAACCUGCCCCCAGAUGAAGAUGACAGCUGGCUAGACCUGUCCCCGGAAAGGCUGGAACAAAUAUUACAGGAUGCAGCAAGUCCCAAGGAAUAUGUUCCAACAGCCACUGAAAAUGAGCAGAAAUAUAAUUUAUCUGAAGUGACAGAGAGCAUGAAGGCAUUUAUAUCCAAGGUCUCAUCACAUGAGGGAGCUGAAGUGCCCCGGGUUCCUUGUGAAGCUCCAAUUUCUUUUGAUGUGGAAUCUUUCACCAGUGCCUUAGAAAAAAUACUCGGCCCAGGCCCGGAGGAACUGGAUUCAGAUGAUCUGGAAACUGAGGAGGAAUUUGAGUUGUUAGACAGUGAUGAGGACGCAGCUGAAGAACAGGGCAGACCUUGCAAAGAUGACCCAUUAAGAAGUCUGCACUCGUACAUGGAAAUUAUGGACAGGGAGUUGGCACAAACAAACAUUGGGAAAAGCUUCACUACUAAGACAAAAAUGAGUGCUACUACCCACGCUGGGGCCCAGAAAGCAGAAGACAGCAGCUCAGAAGAUGAUAAUACUGCAGAUGAUGUUAGGCUGAGCCAAGUGGAUGUGGAUUUAAACCUGGUGACCAACCUCCUCCAGUCUUACAGUUCCCAAGCUGGACUGGCUGGCCCUGCCUCCAAUAUAUUGCAGAGUAUGGGGAUUCACUUGCCUGACAACACUGACCAUGAUCCAUCCAGUGAGGAUUCUUUAAACUAAUGAGGAACUUAUUUAAGUAAAACUACGUCGGGGGGCACAGUGGUGAACACAUUACUAACAUCCAUGUUACCAUUGCUACUGAAAGGAUUUUCAUUAGUGUAACCCUCACUGAUUUCAUGUUUAUGUAUAAAAAAAACAUUUCACCUACUGUACAUAAUUCUUUUUUAGCCAAGCUAUUUAUGGUAUUGUAUUGAGAUAUUUUUUUCAGAGAUAAAAAUACUUGCAACAUG